UGGUGUGGCCCAGCACAGCCGGGGCCCUCCCCACCAUCAGAACAACGUGGGGUCUGAGUGGUCCAAAUGGGCUCUGAGGCCACCCUGCCUGAAGAUCUUGCUUUCUGUCCCUGCUCCUCUAGGCAGUUACCCGCAGGGCCAAGGCGGCUCCCGCAGAGAGGAUGAGCAAGUUCUUGAGGCACUUCACUGUCGUCGGGGAUGACUAUCAUGCCUGGAACAUCAACUACAAGAAAUGGGAGAAUGAAGAAGAGGAGGAGGAGGAGCAGCAGCCACCAGUUACGCCAGCCACAGAAGAGGAGGGCAGGGCCACGGACCCAGGUGCCACUCCUGUCCCCACGCCCAGGCCCUUCGACUUCAGGAGCAAGUUGAGGAAGCUCUUCAGCUCUCACAGGUUUCAGGUCAUCAUCAUUUGCCUGGUCAUCCUGGAUGCCCUCCUGGUGCUCGCCGAGCUCAUUCUGGACCUGAAAAUCAUCCAGCGCGACGGGAACAACUAUGCCGCCAAGGUAUUCCACUGCAUGAGCAUUGCCAUCUUGGUCUUUUUUAUGAUGGAGAUUUUCUUUAAAAUAUUUGCCUUCCGCCUGGAGUUCUUUCACCACAAGUUUGAAAUCCUGGAUGCCGUCGUGGUGGUGGUCUCGUUCAUCCUCGACAUUGUCCUCCUUUUCCGGGAGCACGAGUUUGAGGCUCUGGGCCUGUUGAUUCUCCUCCGGCUGUGGCGGGUGGUGCGCAUCAUCAAUGGGAUAAUUAUCUCGGUUAAGACACGUUCAGAACGGCAACUCUUACGGUUGAAACAGAUAAAUAUACAAUUGGCCGCCAAGAUCCAACACCUCGAAUUCAGCUGCUCUGAGAAGGAGCAAGAAAUUGAAAGACUUACCAAGCUAUUGAGGCAGCACGGACUUCUCGAUGAGGUGAACUAGAAACGCACCAGCUCCACCUAAAGAGAGGCGCUACCUCCCAGGCCUGGGACGACACAUCCACCUUCCCAGGGCCACCUGGCGAGAGGUGUGCUUGGAUGCUUUUGCCUCCUCCUGCGCAGCAUAGAUUCUGGGUGGACACAGCCUUUUGGAAGGCUCUAUUUCCUUCUUGGUAUGACCAAGAGCUGCCCAUCCCAUUCCCACCCCUCAUGCUAGCAGAUGUAUAAACUACUACAUUUGCUCAUGUUGAACACUCAUUCUUGCUUGAAAGUGAAGCUGGACAGUUACAAGUUUAAUCUCACCAAAUGUACUGUUUUCAAAUUUCACAUGUCUGUUGAAGGACCAGCGCAUCUUUUCAUAUGAGCAUUCUGAAAGAAAAAAGAAAAGGAGAAGCUACUUUUCUAAGCUGUCCUAAAUAGCCACUCUUGUCCCCCAGGGAGGCUGUCCUCAGGCCCCUCCUCUGCGUUAUCCAGCUGCAUCAUCCAGCUUCCAGCUGGCUCACCUAGUUCUGCCACCUGACAACAUUCUUCUCAAUUACUGUACAAUUAAUGUAUAAAAUAAACUCCCUUCUUCCCUUGGGCC